UACUCUACAUGCCUAGCAACGAGCCUGGUUGGAGACACGGUUUACACCUCAGUAUUCUUGUGAGGUUACUGACACUACCGUUUCAAGAUGACGGAGGAAAAGAAGGAAAAAGACAAGGCGUCGUUUGAUGACAGUGCCUUUGAGGCUUUGGAAAAGGACUUUCAGGAAGUCCUUGCUGAACUCUCUGGGGACAGAAGUUUGGAGAAGUUUCGACUCGAGUAUGAAAAGCUGCACAAGGCACUCAAGAAGUCUCACGAGAGUGAAAGAAGGCUCAUGCAAAAAUGCAGGGAGUUGAAUGCAGAGAUUGUGGCCAAUUCAGCCAAAGUGGCCACGGCUUUGAAACUUUCUCAAGAGGAUCAAGCCACAAUUGCGUCUUUGAAAAAAGAAGUGGAGAAAGCAUGGAAAAUGGUUGAUGCUGCCCACGAGAAAGAAGCGAAGUCGAAAGAAACUUCCCACAGGCUGAAGACUGAGAUUGAGCAGCUGAGCAAACUCGUGGAGCAAGGCGCCGGACUGACCAUGGGUCAAGAGCACAGUGUCAACGAGCUUCUGAAGAUCAAAGAAGACCUAACAAAGGAGAGAGAUGAGCAGCUGCAAGAGAUCUCCAAACUGAGAGAACAGCUGGGUGAAGCUGUGGCCACUCAGCAGAAACUGGAGGAAGACAAGGCUGAUGCUGAGGAGAAAAUCAUGGAGCUCAACCAAGACAUCCAGGUGAGGAACAAUGAGGCCCAACGAGAAGCCAGGAAGAGAGACAAGCUGGACCGCGACCUGACGCAGUCCAAGGCAGAGCUGGACUCGAAGAACUCGGAGAUCAAGAACAUGGUGGCCCAGAUUGAGCGCCACAAGGUGGAGAAGGAUAAGCUGGAUCAGCAGCUCAGGGAGCAGAGGGUGCUGAGCGAGAGAACUAUGAAAGACGCUGAGAUCCUCAACUCUCGCCUCAACAAGUUGUCGGCUGAAUAUGAAAAUCAGCUCAUGUCUGCCGACGUUUUGGCUCAAGAAAAUCAAGCUAAAGUGGCGGAACUGAAGCAAAAAGAAGACGAUCUGAAUAAUCUGAAGACGGAGACUCAGCGCCAGAACAAGACAAGAGAAGCCAUCCAGAGACGUCUGCGCAACGUGGAGGAGAACAAAGCUGACAUAGAGCAGCAGCGGGAGACGCUGAAGGGCCAGAUCACGGGCCUGGAGAGAGAAUUGGAGGCUGCAAAGAAACAGGCAGAGACUGACAAAAAAGCCAUUGAUGAUCUGGUGAGAGAGAGAGAUAUCUUGAACAAGAAUCUGCUGAAGGCGGCGGGGGCCACCCAGAAACAGCUCCACCUGGUCAAACUUCACGAACAGUCCAAGAAAAAUCUGGAGCAGGAGAUCCAGAACUACAAGGAAGAGGCUCAGAAACAGCGUAAGAUUAUUUACCAGCUGGAAAAGGAACGAGACCGCUACAUCAACGAGGCCAGCGACUUGACGCAGAAGGUCCUCCAACACAUGGAAGACGUGAAAGUGAGGGAGAUGCAAAUCUUUGACUACAAGAAGAAGAUCGCUGAGGCUGAAACGAAGCUGAAGCAGCAGCAGAACUUGUACGAAGCGGUUCGAUCUGACCGGAAUUUGUACAGCAAGAAUCUGAUUGAGUCUCAGGAUGAGAUCACAGAGAUGAAGAGGAAACUGAGAAUCAUGAAUCAUCAGAUCGACCAGCUCAAAGAAGAGAUCCAGUCGAAGGAAGCCGCCCUGGUCAAAGAAGUGCUCGAGCACCAGCGAGUGGACAAAGAGAAAGAGACCCUUAAAGCGGAGCUGCAGAAGAUGAAGCAGCAGGCAGCAGAGAGCAAGGCUUACAUUGAGGCUCAAGAGGCAGAGGAGAGGAAGCUUCUCAAGAUCAUUGCCGAGGCAGACGCUGAGAGAGUGAGGCAGAAGAAAGAGCUGGAUCAGGUGAUCAGCGAGAGAGACAUCCUAGGUACACAGCUGGUGCGGCGUAACGACGAACUGGCUCUCCUGUACGAGAAGAUCAAGAUUCAGCAGUCGGUUCUGAACAAAGGGGAGGUACAGUACAACCAGAGGCUGGAGGACAUCAGGGUUCUCAAACUGGAGAUCAAGAAAUUGAGGAGAGAAAAGACCAUCUUACAGAAGAGUGUUGCCAAUGUGGAGGACCUCAGGAGAGAAGUGUACCACAUCCAAAGAGAGCUACUGAGAGAGCGAACAAGAUGCAAGGCUUUGGAGGAAGAGCUGGAGAACCCGAUGAAUAUUCACAGAUGGAGGAAACUGGAGGGAAGUGAUCCGUCCACCUACGAGAUGAUUCAAAAGAUCCACACCCUUCAGAAGAGGCUGAUACAAAAGACGGAAGAGGUGGUUGAGAAGGAGCUUCUCAUUCAAGAGAAGGAAAAACUGUACCUAGAACUGAAACAUAUCCUAGCGAGACAGCCGGGACCCGAAGUGGCCGAACAGUUGACCAUCUACCAGCAAACUCUGAAAGAAAAGACGAAACAGAUGAAGGGCAUGGCUUCAGAGCUCAACAUGUACGAGUCACAGGUUUCUGAAUACAAGUAUGAGAUAGAGAGGAUCGCCCGAGAACUACAGGAGGUCAAGAAGAAAUACUUCAUGCAGAAGAAGAAAGAGCAACAAGUCAAGGAACGAGACAGAGCCUUUGCUCAGGCGGGCGCCCCUCAGAUCAUGCCACAGAGAACCGACGCUCCAAGAUUUACCGGAGGAGGCUUCAACUUAAAAACGACAAAGUCCGCUGCGUAAUCCACCUCCCCUUUUUCAGCUACGAUGACUGCACAAUAUCUUGAAUGCCAAUAGAUUAUGCGCUUUUUUUCUUGUUUUUGAAAUUCUGUAAAUAUACAGACUUCAGUUUUGAAACAGCAUUUUAAUGAGACUCAGUUGUGUCUGAUUUUUUAAUCUAAUCAUCUUCAUCUAUGACAUUUUCUCUCUGGUGGGAGUAAUUUUUAAAAAGUCAGGUAUAAGGUUCACUUUAGUUGCCUGCUCCACUCGGCUUUUGUGCCUCAAAUUGUAACUGUUACGAGACUUUGGUAGUUUUUGGUUCCUCUAGGUUGAAUUUAGUCUGAAUCUGAAUUGCAUUCGGUCUUUGUUGGUAUUGUUUGUAUUUCUGUACAUUCCAUUCAAUCAUUCAAUCCUUCCAGUAGAACUGCAAAGAAGUUUGCUAACCAUAGUCAUCAUCGUUCGUAAAAAAAGAUCCCAAGUUCAGGUUCCUGUAUUUUGGAUGAAUUUCUGCUCUUGAUUUUUAUUUUGGUUUAUUUCAUUUGGCUGCGAAACCUAAGAUAUAGUUUAACACUUUGCCGCCUCAUGUCGACGAUUGGCGAUGUUUACCAUCCUGUUUCUUUGUAAUUUUCCCUACAUAUGAUGUCAAGGUGUUAACUGUAUACUGCGAAAAGUUUUGUUAUUGUUGUUGUUUCAACAUUUUUUAGAAUUGAAAAAGAAAGUGAAAAUCUUAUUGUAAUUUAGAAAGUGGAAAGUGCAGUUUGAUUUAGAAAGCAAAAGAGUGGAAAUAUGUUCACACGUUUUGUCCCUGUUGUCUUCAUAUGUGAAGCAUCGUGGUAAAUUCUGUCGUUCGUCAAAA